AUGCCCCCUAUCUGGGUAGGCGAAGGAGCGGCGUUGCAUCUAGACGAGGUCGUGGAGUACGUCGAGGAGCCUGCGCAGACCGUCCUGGGUCCUUCUCCGAUGGGCCAGCCGAUGGGUGUUGCAAUGGGUCAACCGAUGGGUCAACCGAUGGGGGUUGGAAUGGGUCCUUCUGCAAUGGGCUCUGCAAUGGGCUCUGCAAUGGGCUCUGCAAUGGGUCCUUCAAUAGGUCAACCAAUGGGCCAGCCGAUGGGUCCUUCUGCGAUGAAUCAACCGAUGAAUCAGCCGAUGGGUCCUUCUGCGAUGGGUCCUUCUGCGAUGGGUCCUGGCGGGUACUCUGUGUCCUUCAUGCCCUACCGGGCUGGCGGCGCGAUGCCCUCCAUGGCUCCGCCGAUGGGGCCUUCUGCGAUGAACCCUUCUGCGAUGGGCCCUGGCGGGCUCUACGGGUCCACGGCGUCGCUGCGCACCGCGGGCGGCGGGUCUUUUAGCGGGGAGGGCAGCGAGGCGGACGUGCAGAGCACGCAUAGCAUGAAUAGCGAUGAAGCGUCCUCUCCGUAGGGAGAGACAGUGUUUGGCAACUUCUCUUUGC